AUGUUUGAUUCCUCUCUUUCCGAUGGCAAGUAUUACAAGGGCAGCCCCCCUUUGAGUCACUCUCGUUCAUCUCCAGCAACACACAUGAGAAGCAGCUCGAGUACUCCUUCUCGAAUGAUGAUCCAACCGCCUAAUACUCCAGUGCCACAGCGUCCUAUUCGUGGGCUGAGUCCCGGUGAGAGAGUGAGAGACCGAAAUGUGACGCUUAACCCAAACUCGGACAUCUUCCGACCCAUAGGCGCUGAGCUUGGGCUUCCGGACUUUUCUAAACUCACCUUCUCUGGUGACCCAAUUACACCGGCCAACAACAGCAAGAUCUGGCAGUGGCGUCCCUCUGAUCAGACACCUGCCCACACAGACAUGUCUCGAACCCCUCCGUCCGCUUCGACAACUGAACUCCGGACACCUUCUCAUCAACACGACUUCUCGCCGAUCAUCAAUAAUUCUUUGAGCAAGUCGCGCAGACCAGAAACUUCGGUUUUCAACCCCUGGGACGAUGUUGAAGAGAAGGACCGUCAAGUUUCCGACCUUCCGGGUAACAGAAGAAUGGAGCAGAAACUGCCCAGAAUCCGUCACAGCGAUAUCACCUUGACUGCUCAUGAGUUGGGCAGAUAUCUAAUGCAUCAACUAAAAUUGCAGUUGUCCAAUGUACCUCGUGACGUGGAUGACCGACAGAUCAAGGCGAUGGUCAAGUCUUUCGCAGACUUCAAGGCAAUCAUCGUCAAGCAUCUGAGCAGUAAGGGUUGUGUGGUGGUCGCUUUCCACGACCCGAGGGAAACGACAAAACUUUACGAAGGGCUUCGCAACCAGUCGGUCUUUUUCAAGAACAACGAUCGCCCACUCUCCCUACACUGUAUGAAGAUGGAGAGGGCCAUUGUUGAACAAAUUAACUUGCUUGAAUCUAUUGGCGACUUGUGGAAGCUUGAAUCGUUGGGUGCAGGAAACAAGUCUUUCUUUGCGGAGUUCUUCGAUGCACGUCAUGCUCGUGACGCCAUUGGGAUCCUGGACGGCACAUCCAUCUCUGGGAAUGCAAGUCGCGCCCGCUAUGCCUCUCAGAGCUCUCAACCGCUGCUUGAGCGUCUCGUCAACACUUUGGGCUCUUCGACCUACAUUGGGAAUGAUGUACGACAGAGUAUCGAGCCCCUCUUACGUCGCCGCAACGUAGUCUCUGCCGCUCAAGACCCUUCAACCGGACAUUGGCCUUCCUAUGCUACGGAGAACAAAGACUCGCACGAGACAAACCCCAGCUCUGACAUCUUCGGACCUUACAUUCCCUUGACGCGCCCCUUCGAGAAACAUGCCUCGUUCCCGCCGUACCCCGAAAGACCUUUACCUUCCCAUCUCGAAGCCAUGAGUCGUCCGCGGUCAAGACUGGGUCAAGGCCUUGGUCGUCAAUGGAAUCCUUACGACCGGCAAGCAAUCCCAGAAGAGAAUCGUGUCUUUCCGGAGAGAAUCUUGUCUGGACUGGAUCCACGUACCACUGUCAUGAUCAAAGACGUUCCUAACAAACUCUCGCGAGACCAGCUCAUCGACAUCCUCCAUGAGGUUGUUCCUCGCCGCUUUGAUUUUGUCUAUCUUCGCUUCGACUUCAAGAACUGUUGUAACGUUGGAUAUGCUUUCGUGAAUUUCGUCGACGUAGGCGCUCUGUACGCAUUCAUACAGGCCAAGGUUGGGAAAAAAUGGAACCUUUUCUCAAGUGAGAAGGUGCUUCAAGUCUCGUACGCGAACAUUCAGUGGGUCCUCACCUUCCCGCGACGUGCAGCACUCACCACAAGGGGUAAAGCCAGUCUCAUCAACAAGUUCCGAAAUUCUGCUGUCAUGGGCGUCAUCGAGCAGUGGCGUCCGAAGCUCUUUUAUUCCAGUGGCGCUCGUCAAGGGGACGAAGAACCCUUCCCCGAGGUGGGCUUCGUCCCGACGAUCGCUCACCUCUCCGCUAAAAGUCAGCCGGAUAAUCCGUUCACUCGGCAGAGAUCGGCUGCCGCUAGACUUUCCACCUUGUCGACCGUGAGCACUUCGAGUUUCGGCAUCCCGGAGCCCGACCUGUACAAUUACGCCUCUGGCGCGUUCGAUUCAGCUUACCUAUGA